AUGUCUGAUAAUAAUUCUACUGUAAAUAAUAAUAAUUCACUGACUAUUGAUUGUGGAGUGAGAAAUUAUUGUUAUAAUUCUCAAGUAUGUUUUGCAGCACCAGAAGGUCCAAUAUGUGGUAAUGUUAAUAGUAAUAUUACAACUUAUAGUUGGAAAUUAAAUUCCGCAGUGUUUCCCCCGAUAGAAUAUAUUGGAAGUACUAUUGGUAGAAAACAAAGAGAUCCUUGUGAAAUGUUUGACUACAAUUUAUGGUCAGAUGAAAAUAAAAGUUGGUUAUUGACAUUUUUUUAUCAAAAUUGGAAUCUUACUAAUCCAAUUCCUCCGGGUAGUUUUGUUAGACCAUUGGAUUUUAUUGGUAGUUGUAGUAAUAUAGUAAUAUCAGCGACUGAUAUAUCUUUACAACAAUUAUAUUGUGAUAAUAAUAAAUGUAGAAAAAAGAUUAAUACAAAUACACAAAGAGCAAAUUGUGUUUCAUCAAAUCAAUGUUUGACUCAAUUAUGUGGGUUAACGACAAUAAACCAACCUGCUGAUGGUAAUAUCACAGUUACAAAUACGACUUGUAUAAAUGAUGGAUUUAUAGCUUAUAAUCAAUUAAAAGGUAGUAGAAGUUUUAAUGUAAUACAAGGAGAUGAUGUUAAUGUUAAAAGUGGUAAUAAUAGUGAUAAUAUUGAUGAUCCGAAAAAUUCUUCAGGAUCGAUGGUUGUUAUAAUUAUAAUUUUAGUAAUAUUAUUUGCUUCAAUGGCAAUAUAUGGAUACGCUCGUAAAAUGUUUAAAAAACGUGAUAAUAAUGAAGAUGAUACACAUUACUUACGUAGGGAAAUUGAUCCAGAAACUGGAGAAAUCAUUACCAUAAGUACUGCAGGUGGUAGAUUAAGAAGGGGUACUUCUAUAUUGAAUCGUGGUGCUUCUUUAAAUAGAUCAAACAGUAUUAGAACUUUACCCCCUUAUAGCGUUGUAGAUGAAGAACGUCCUCCUUCUUCUUCCAAUGGAAUUGUUAAUAGUAUAGCACAAUUCUUUUUCCCUCCAGGAGAAUUACCCCCUCCUUAUGAUUCAUUAGAAGAAAAUGUAAGCAAUAAUAAUACGGUACUUGAUAUUACUUUAGAUGAAGUUAGGGAAGGUGUUACCAUUGAGGGAAAUGGUAAUGGUAAUGGUAAUGAUAACGGUAAUGGUGGUGAUGGUGGUAAUGGUAAUGGUAAUGGUAAUGACAGUGGUAAUGGUAAUGAUAAUAGUAAUGGUAAUGGUAAUAAUUCCACUAAUUCCACAUCGUCAUUACCUGUAAGAUCUACUAGUCCUAAGAUAGAUGAUGGUGAAUCUCAUCCUAGAGAAUUAAGUAUGAUAUCUGAAGUAAUACCUGAAGUAACUGUUGAUGAUUCAGAAGCUGAUAAAGUAGAAGGAAAAAAAGUAGAAGAAGAGAAAGGUGAAACAAUUAAUACCGGGUUAUCCGAAGAAGAUAAAAAAUUAGAAGGGAAAAGUGAAACGAUUAAUACCGGUUUAUCCGACGUUAAAAUAGAAGAAGGGAAAAGUGAAACGAUUAAUACCGGUUUAUCCGACGUUAAAAUAGAAGAAGGGGGAAAUGAAACGAGUAACAUUGUUUUGUCAGAAGAUAAAACAGAAGAAGGGGGAAGUGAAGCAAAGAUUACUGUUGAAGAUAAAGUUUUAUUAGAUAAGAAAAUGGAGGAAGGGGGGAAUGAAACAAAUACAACAUAAUAUCUAACCCUUUUUUUUAAUUUUGUUAAUUUUUGUAUUAUUCUUUUUGUAAAAUAAUUAUUUAAUUUUCUUUGGAUAAG